GGGGGGGGCGCAGGUAAACAUCCAAGAUGGCGGCGGAGGGCCCGGACCCGGACCCAGACCCGGCAGCGGGGCCGGGGGUGCCGCGGGGCUUGGCGGAGGCGGACGGUGACAGGAUGGGCCUGACGGACCUGCCGGGAGAGCUGCUGGAGCUGAUCCUCUGCUGCGACGUGCUGGGAGCCGCCGACAUCGGGCGGGUGUCGUGCACCUGCCGCCGGCUGCGUGAGGCGUGCCAGCCCCGCGGCAAGGUGUGGCGGGAGCGCUUCCGCCUCAGAUGGCCAUCGCUGCUGAAAUACUAUAGUCACACAGAUGGUGUUAGCUGGUUUGAAGAAUACAAAGCACGGCACAAUGCUGGCUUGGAAGCCCAGAGAAUUGUAGCUUCAUUCUCCAAAAGGUUCUUUUCAGAACAUGUUCCCUGUGAUGGAUUCAGUGACAUUGAGACUCUUGGGUGCCCAAGUCACUUUUUUGAGGAUGAACUGAUGUGUAUCCUUAACAUGGAAGGAAGGAAAGGUCUCACCUGGAAGUACUAUGCAAAGAAAAUUCUCUACUUCCUACGGCAACAGAACAUACUGAAAAACCUGAAGGAAUAUCUUCAGCGCCCAACUGAUCGGCAGUCGUUUCUGGAGGGUGCUGUUUUAAUUGAUCAGUACUGUAACCCCCUGUCAGACAUCUGCUUAAAAAGUGUCCAGGCACAAGUGGAUGAUAUCACAGAUAAAGUACGCAAAGUGCUGCGGAGUAGGAACCCGAGGCACCCCAGCUUGGCUUCCAAGGCAGGAGAGAUCCUGAUCCCAGAAGUGGAGCUUCAGCGGCAGGUGCUUGAUGCUAUGAACUGUGUCCUAUAUGAGCAGUUGAAAUACAAAGGAAACGAGCUGGAUUACUACAACUCCCUGAAUUCAUACAUUCACCAGGUUUUGAUCCGCAGGACAGGAAUCCCCAUCAGCUUGUCUGUGCUGUAUUUAACAAUUGCCAGGCAGCUGGGAGUCAGACUUGAACCGGUGAACUUCCCUAGCCAUUUUCUGCUGCGAUGGUGUCAAGGAAAGGAAGGAAGCACUGAUAUCUUUGACUACACCUACAUUGAUGCCUUUGGGAAGGGAAAGCAGCUGACAGUGAAGGAGUGUGAGUACCUUAUUGGCCACCAUGUGACUGAAGAAUUCUAUGGAGUGGUGACUUCAAAAGAGGUCUUGCAGCGGAUGGUGGGGAAUCUCUUAAACCUUGGCAAGCGAGAAAGCACUGAUCAGUCUUACCAACUCUUGAGAGACUCGUUGGAUCUGUACCUGGCCAUGUAUCCGGACAAUGUGCAGCAUCUAAUGCUCCAAGCUAGGUUAUACUUCCACCUGGGAAUCUGGCCAGAAAAGGUUCUGGACAUCUUGCAACAUAUUCAGGCUUUGGACCCCUCCCAGCAUGGGGCUGUUGGGUACUUAGUUCAACACACCCUGGAACACAUUGAGCGGCGGAAGGAGGAGGUGGGACCUGAGGUGAAGCACCGUUCAGAUGAGAAGCACAAAGAGGUCUGCUUUUCCAUUGGGCUGAUAAUGAAACACAAGAGAUAUGGCUACAACUGUGUGAUUUACGGAUGGGAUCCUGCUUGCAUGAUGGGGCAUGAAUGGAUCCGGAACAUGAACGUCCACAGCCUUCCACAUGGCCCCCACCAGCCUUUCUACAAUGUGCUAGUGGAAGAUGGCUCUUGCAGAUAUGCUGCUCAAGAGAACCUGGACUACAACUCUGAGCCUCGGGAGAUCCCUCAUCCUGACAUCGGCCGCUACUUCUCAGAGUUUACUGGCAUUCACUACCUAGCAAAUACUGAGCUAGAAAUUCGGUACCCAGAGGAUCUGGAGCUCACACGUGCUACAGUUCAGAAGAUCUACAAUUCAGGCAAGGAGUGAAUGCAAAAGGCACCAUGAGGACAGAAGCAGCUGGAGUGUAGCUUUACCCUCUUUGCAAAACUUGCAUGGAAGGCAAGUUUGGUGACAAUCCUUUGGCUUAAUGCAUUGAAAAUUGCAUUGAACUUUGUUAACUGGUGCUAUAGCAUCUUUCUGUUGCCUGCCUGCCCAUUCUGGCCCAGAGGCACAGGGACACAUUGGUAGUUGAGGCCAAGCUUAAGGAUCUUGCAGGGACGGUCAUGUUGGAAAGCGUGUUGUCCUCUGGAAGGAUUUGCACAUACUACUUGUUCUGUGAUUGUCUUGCCUAGAAGGUCAACUCGGUGAGAUCCCUGGUGUGGAAUAUGGAAGAAGUCACUCUUCCAGGGAAGGAAGUUGCUUGUCCUUGCAGUGAUGUGGGUUUUGUUUGGUUGUGUUCUGGGGUUUUUUUAAUGUUUUAAUCUCAUGCAGGUGAUAGUUUUUAAAGUCUCUUACGUUUCA